ACACCGUCCAAUUAUCAAUGACCAACACAAAGAGUCCAGCGUCCGCCACACGCUGUUAUCGGGCCUGGAGCCGACACGGACUCAUCAUUUAAAUCUACAUCAAUAAAAAUAAUCAUCCACACACUCAGUCAGUGCAUAGCGGUCCUCCGAGCUGCUUGUGUGCCAAAACUGCAAAUUAGCAUUACAAUACGAACAUUACUGACGUCUAUUUGACGUUUCGCGUCGUAUUUUGAGCGGGAAUUUUUCUAUUUUCUUUUUCUCUGUGAGUGCCAGUGCUAGAGUUCCAUUUUCAAAAUGAUUGCGGAGGGUGACGUGCCUCUGGUCACUAGUUUUGGCGGCAGCGAAAUCGAAUUCGGCGCGAAUGGUACAAAGCUGAAAUCUAAUUCAAGGUAAACUGCCCUGUUACUUACUCUUGCUACCCAGUUGUGAAAUAUAAUGUCGACCCUGCUGUUCUGGCAGGGGCGCGGGAAGGGGGCCAACGGGGCGCCCCACGGCAGGAACUGGAUCCACGCCCCCGACGCCCUCGUGAAGGGCCACGUCGCCUACCUCGUCAAGUUCCUCGGCUGCACGCACGUAGACCAGCCCAAAGGCAUCGAAGUCGUGAAGGACGCGAUCAAGAAGCUGCAGUUCACGCAGCUGCUCAAGAAGUCGGAGACCAAGGACGCGGCGAAAUGCAAGAAGGUGGAGAUCACGAUCUCGGUGGACGGGGUCGCUAUACAGGAGCCAAGAUCGAACAACAUAAUGUAUCAAUUUCCUCUGCACCGGAUAUCCUACUGUGCUGACGACAAGGGUGCCAAAAAGUACUUCUCGUUUAUUGCCAAAGGUGGCAGCACUGUCAACAACGGAAACGGGAUGAACGGCCAUGACACCGGAAGUGAGGAGAAACACGAGUGUUUUGUGUUCAUUUCUACUAAGUUAGCUUCAGAAAUCACUCUUACUAUUGGACAAGCGUUUGACUUGGCUUACAGACGGUUCCUAAACGACAACGGCAAAUACAUUGAAAUCCAGAAGCUCUCUCUACAGAACAAGAAGCUGGAAUGUCAGAUGAACGCGUAUAAACACCGCUUACAGGAGCUGUCAAAGAUCACAUACAAAGACGACCUCUCCUCCUACCUCGCUCGCAACAGCCUCUCAGAGAUCACGGAGUUCAAGACCCCUCCAGAGCUGGAGCGACAGCUGAGCGCGCUCACGUUAGCCAACGGGUUCAGUGCUAUGAACGGGAACAAGACUCCUGACAUGGCAUCAGACGGGUUCUCCAACACGUCGUCGGACACGUACAACUCGAGCGCGGACAACAACCUGCUGCUGGCCACGCCGCCGCCGCAGCACAACGGGAAGGGACACCCCACUAGUAAACACAAAGAGCUGCUCGACACACCAGCGAGUAAGAACCCCGUCGUGGGCACCAAGCUGGAGCACCUGCUGCUCAACUCCGACUCCGAUAGCGACUUCGACCCGCGCGCGUUCGAGUCGGACCCGCCGUCGCAGCACGCGCCGCCCGCCUUCCCGCCGCCGCGGCCCGACCACGCCGCCUCGCCGCCCGCGCCGCUCUUGGCCCCACCACCAAAGGCGUCGAAACGCCAGAGCACACCGCAGCAGCAGCCGCAACAAAACAACGUCCAGCCGCAACAAAUCAACGGAAGCGAUCUGUUCGGAUCAACCCCAUUCUCCCUCCCGAACCAAGCCCAAGUGCAAACCUCGCCGUUCGCCCCCCAGAACUCCGUCAACAAACCGAAUUAUGACAUCAGCGAUUUCAAUCUACAAACAUCGGUUUUCAACACUAGCACUUCCUUUACGAACGGCUUGAGCGGAUAUGACCCGUUUGACACGCAAAAGGGCGGGAAUAUUUUCGGCAAUGGCUACGGAAGUGCGUUCAAUGGAUUUGGAAACCUGAGUGAGAAGCAGACUGUGGCUCUGGACAGCAGUUUCAACGGUUUUUUAGAUAAAACUAUUUCGGAGAUGAAGGAUGGAUUCAGUAGAGGGAUCACCUUUGGAAACGAUGAUUUUUCAAUAGACAACCUCGAUCCCUUGAAGAAGAAUUAAGAAUAUGAACGAUUAACUAUAAAUAAAAUAGGUAAAAUAAUAGCUAAUAUUAAACUCUUGUUUUUGUCCAUACAACAUAGUAUAAUUAAUUGCAAUGAAAUAAUUUGAAAAUAUAAUAAUGAAAAUUAGGUAUUUAAGUAGCUGUAUGGAUGGAAAUGAUAUUUUUCUAUUACGUUAAGUAAUUAUUUUAUUUUUGCUGUAUUAUUGGUUAGAGAAAUUAAUUCCUAUUCAUAUAUUUUUAUAUAAACAAACCAGUAAUAUGACAAAAAUUAGCUAAGUGUAUAUUUUGGUGAUAAGAGUUAGUGUAUUUUGUUAUUAUAUAUACGCUCAAUGUCAUUCCGAUGUGCCUUAUACCUAUACAAAAUAAUUAACAAAAAUAUAUAUAAAAUAUUGCCCAAUUUUGUUUUAGAAUAUGUUUCACCGGUAGAUUUUUAAGACAAAAAUGUAUUUUGGUAGAAAUUAAUGUAAGAAUUUUAUCUGCAAUUAAUUAGGUAUUAGGGACCAAAAUUCAUCACCACAAGAAAAGAUUUGAAGGUCACCUCAAAUUAUUCUGUGAUAACUUUUUUCAAAGUUGAGGGACUUCAAAUUUUAUAUAUUUUUUAUAUAAAAUUGUCCAAAAAACGACUGAUUUAUAAAGCGAAUCAUUAUUUAGAAUUUCUUGUAAUCUCUUUAAAGUUAAGCUAAAUUGUAUACAAUAUAGAAUAUAUACAAUAUAUUUCAUAUUAUUAUAAAUAUGCUUGAUAUAUGGAUGACAUUGGAGCUCUGUAAGGGUCAAAACAUUCCAUAUUUUAUAAUUCAUUAGAAUUAGAUAUUUUAUUUCUGAUAACUGAUAAUUAAUAAA